AUGGCAGAGGCACAGCUCCACGACUUCCCGUCGCUCUUCUCCCUCAAGGGCAAGGUGGCCGUCGUCACCGGCGGCUCGCGCGGCCUCGGCCUGCACGCCGCUUCCGCCUUCCUGCAAGCCGGCGCCUCCACCGUCUUCAUCUCCUCGCGCAAGGCGUCCGCCUGCGACGAGGCCGUCGCCGCGCUCAACGCGCUCCCCAACCUCGCCCCGGGCGCGCGCGCCGUCGCCGUCCCCGCCGACUCGAGCACGCAGGCCGGCGUCGCCGACCUGCUCGCCCAGGUGCGCCGCCACACCGACAAGGUGGACAUCCUCUUCGCCAACGCGGGCGCCACCUGGGGCGAGGCCUUUGACGCGCACCCGGACAAGGCCUUCGCCAAGGUCAUGGACCUUAACGUCAAGGCCGUCUUCAACACCAUCCGCGACUUCACGCCCCUGCUGGAAAAGGCCGCCGCCCAGAGCCCCGCGGGGGAGCCCAGCCGCGUCAUCAUCACGGCCAGCGUCGCCGGCCUCGGCAUCGGCACCAUCGGCAAGCAGGGCACCUACGGCUACUCGGCCAGCAAGGCCGCCGUCAUCCACCUCGGCCGCAACCUCGCCGUCGAGCUCGGCCCCCGCCACAUCACCGUCAACUCCAUCUGCCCGGGCUUUUUCCCCAGCAAGAUGUCCAACGGCCUGCUCGAGAUCUCGGGCGGCGCCGACAAGGCCGCCGAGGGGAACCCCAUGGGCCGCCUCGGACGGCCCGAGGACAUUGCCGGCAUCGUCGUCUACCUCGCCAGCAGGGCCGGCUCCCACGUCAACGGGGAGGCCAUUGCCAUUGACGGCGGCGCGGUGUGGUCUCGCGGUGAGCUCAUGCGGCCCGGUGAGGCCAAGCUGUAG